AUGGCAGGCGGAGUCAAGAAACCCAUCAACAUCUUCCGCCUCGGCGACCUCGGUGAGCCAAAGGGCGUCUUUAACUGGCGUCUCUGGUUCAGUGUUAUCUCGUUUGGUCUCCUCGGUGCGGCCCGAGGCAUUGACGAAGGUCUCAUUGGCGGCGCGUUCCGCUCCAAGAACUUCCAGGACCUCAUCCACUUCAAGGACUACUCGGAGGUCGAGCAGGCGAACAUCAAGGGUAACGUCACGUCCAUGGUUCUCAUCGGCUCUGUCGCAGCCAGCGCUUUCGUCGUCUGUGACCGUAUCGGUCGUCUCUGGGCUACCCGCCAGCUUUGCAUCUGGUGGGCUGUUGGUAUUACGAUCUUCCUGUGCAACCGAGGCCAUCUUGGUGCGGUGUACGCUGGCCGUUUUAUUGCUAAUCUUGCCUACUGGUCCAACUACGGGACGGAGCGACACAUGGGCUCAAACGUGAAGGAGCGGUGGAUGGUGCCGUCGUCUAUUCACAUCAUGUUCGCCGGUCUCAUCUUCAUUCUCUCGUGGUUCCAGUACGAGUCUCCGCGCUACCUGAUCAAGAGGGGCCGGGUUGACGACGCCCGCCACGUCAUGUCUCGCCUCCGCCGGCUGCCCGAGGACGAUCCCUACGUGUGCAAUGAGAUCGCGGCGAUUCAGCACGCGCACGACAGCGAAGUUGAGGCGACGCGCGGCAUGACGUUCUGGCAAACGGUUAAGGAGACAUUCACGAGCAAGGGAAACCUCUACCGACUUUACCUUACCACCUCUGUUCAGUUCCUGUCCCAGUGGUCCGGCGCGGGUAGCAUCACCAUUUACGCGCCCGACUUCUUUGAGAUCCUCGGCGUGAAAGGCUCUGAGCAAGGACUUCUCGUGACCGCCGUCUUCGGUCUGGUCAAGCUCGGCGCGGCCCUCAUCUGUGCCCUCUUUCUCGUCGAUGUCAUUGGACGCAAGCGCUCCCUCCUCCUCGGUAUUUCGCUCCAGACGAUUUCCAUGGUGUACGUUGCCGCGUUCCUAUCCACCCACCCCAAGCUGGGUAUGGAUGACCACUACCACCUGCCGACCAACUCGCUGCCCGCCUCUCGCGGUGCCAUUGCCAUGAUCUACCUCUCCGGUUUCGGAUGGGCACUUGGCUGGAACUCGAUGCAGUACCUCCUGACUGCUGAGCUGUUCCCUCUCCGCAUCCGCGCCAUCGGCACAUCCUGGGCGAUGGCGCUGCACUUCGCCAACCAGUACGGUAACGCGCGUGCCGUGCCCAACCUCCUCCUUCCAACCAGCCAGGGCGGCAUCACAGCUCAGGGCACGUUCUGGUCCUUCGCAUGCGUGACCAUCAUCGGUGGCGCGUGGGUCUGGUUCUUCGUGCCCGAGACGGCUGGACGCAGCCUCGAGGAGAUGAGCCGACUGUUUGAGCUGCCCUGGUACAAGAUUGGCAGGUACGGCAACAAGUUUGCGGAGCAGCGCGAUGCCGAGGAGCGCCGCGAGGACUUUGAAGAGGACAAGAUCGAGGAUGUCCAGAACGAGUAUGACGAGGAGAAGAGGCGCAAGGAGGCUCCCCUUGUCUAA